AUGAAACGGAUCGCCGCCAGGCUAAAGCCCCGGCCUUUACCGCCCGUCUCGCCGCCGUGUUCCAGUCCUCAGCCGCCGGCCAGCGUCUCAGCCUCUUCUUUGCUAUCGGAGUUCACCAAGUUAUGCAAUCAGCAAGACUUUCCCAGAGCGAUGAAAGCUCUGGACGAUUUGGAAACCCAUGAACUCCGGGCCGACCCGGCCGUCUAUUCCGACCUCCUCAAAGCUUGCCUGUCCCGCCGCGCCGUCCCUCUGGCCCUCCGCCUUCAAUCCCACAUCUUAUCUUCUCCCCACUCUCCCCAUACCUUCCUACUCAACAUGUUGCUCAGCAUAUAUGUCAAACUCCGUCUCUUGCCUCAGGCCCGUUCCCUGUUCGACGAAAUGCCUCAGAGAAAUGUAGUCUCCUGGACGACCAUCAUCUCUGCUCACGCUAACGUCCCCGAGCUCUCCCACAACGCUCUCCACUUCCUCGUCUCCAUGCUCUGCCACGGCGUCACGCCCAACAUGUUCACCUACUCUUCCGUCUUGAGAGCCUGCGGCUGCGUCUCCCAUCUCGUCCAGCUCCAUUCUAGCAUUUACAAACACGGACUGGAAUCCGAUGUCUUCGUCAGGAGUGCUCUUAUCGACGCUUAUUCCAAAUGGGGGCUCCCACAAGAAGCACUCUGCGUGUUCGACGAAAUGCCUACCGGGGAUUUAGUAGUUUGGAAUUCCGUCAUUGCUGCUUUUGCUCAAAACAGCAAUGGCCACGAAGCGCUCCAUCUUUUCAAAAGGAUGAAGAGAGCUGGUUUUGACCCCGAGCAAUCUUCACUGACCAGCGUUCUCAGUGCAUGCACUAGCUUAGCACUCUUGGAGCUGGGGAGACAAGCUCAUGUCCACGUAUUCAAGUACCAUCAGGACUUGAUCCUCAACAAUGCCCUCCUCGAUAUGUACUGCAAGUGCGGCGGCGUGGACGAUGCCAACAUCAUUUUCACCCGGAUGGCAGACAAGGACGUCGUCUCUUGGAGCACCAUGAUUGCCGGGCUGGCCCAAAAUGGUUACAGCAGAGAGGCACUCAAGUUAUUCGACUCCAUGAAAAAUUCAUCCACACGACCGAACUACAUCACAAUUCUUGGAGUUCUUUUCGCCUGCAGCCAUGCUGGGCUCGUGGAAGAUGGCUGGUCCCAUUUCCGAUCAAUGAAGAAGCUUUACGGGAUUGAACCUGGCAGAGAACACUACGCUUGCAUGCUCGAUCUUCUAGCUAGAGCAGGGAAGCUCAACAAAGCGGUUGAGCUCAUUAACGAGAUGGGAUUCGAACCUGAUGGAGCGAUGUGGAGAACUUUGCUUGAUGGUUGCAGGGCUCACAAGAAUGUGGAUCUAGCGAUGCAUGCUGCUGAGCAAAUUCUGAAGCUGAACCCACAAGAUGCGGGAAGCUACAUACUCCUGUCGAACAUCUAUGCAAACGCUGGAAGGUGGGAUGAUGUGGCAGGAAUUCGUAAGGUGAUGAAUGAGAAAGGGAUCAAGAAACAACCUGGAUGCAGCUGGAUUGAAGUGGGUAAACAGAUUCAUACUUUCGUUCUUGGAGAUGGGUCCCAUCCGCAGAUCAAUGAGAUUAAGAUCCAGCUGGAGUCGCUGAUUCAACGACUCGUGAGAGCUGGUUAUGUCCCUGACUUGAACUUUGUCCUGAAGGAUUUGGAAGGAGAGGAACAAAGGGAAGAUUCUCUGAGGUACCAUAGCGAAAAGCUGGCGGUGGUGUUUGGUUUAAUGAAUUUGCCCAAGGGACAAACUAUCCGGAUCAGGAAGAACCUCAGGAUAUGCGGUGACUGUCACCUAUUUGUGAAACUUGCGACCAAGUUGGAGAAGAGGACGAUUGUGAUUAGAGAUCCCAUACGGUACCAUCAUUUCCAUGAUGGAGCUUGCUCUUGUGGGGAUUACUGGUAA